CUCUCCCUUUCUCGCUCUCUCUUUCUCUCUCCCUCUUGCUUAUGACCCUCCUCUCCCUGCUUUUCGUUUUAUUUUCGUUCGCUUGUUUAGCACUGUACUGCAGUACAACGUGCUUCUGAAGUAGUAUCCUCACCAUCUCAGCUGGUCAGGAAGUUGCGACUCCCUUAAGAAGAUGGUGGAAGGGGGGAACUGACUCGCCUGCGACUGGUUAGUGCGAGAGUCACCGACGCCGUCAAAACUAAUUACGGGUAGGCUGUUCCUUGGGCAGAGCGGAACAGACGCGGUAAGGCCAAGAGAGAGAGAGAGAGAGAGGAAUCCUUCAUCAAACGGAAGAGGACGCAACACGGCAACACGCAGCGGUACUCCACUGCCUGGAGCAAACAUGCCAGGGACAAACCGGACAAACCGCGACUUUAAGGUGACUGUAAACAAAGGACAACACGCCUCCUGGAGCCGUCCGUUGUAAUUGAAUUAGAGGAGCCGAAUAUGGAUAUGUUUGUUUCCCCUCGUGGGAUUUCUAGUCAGAAGGGAACGGACGCGACGGGAAGGGAGGGCAAAUAAUUAUUCUGCACUCCCAACUCCACGAGUUUACAGCCUGCGCUGCCUAACUAGGAGGAUUAUGGCCUUGGGAAAACUUUCGUUUCACUGGAGACAUAAGGGAACAUAUUGCUGACAUUUUGCGUCAUUUUUGACAUUUUAAAUCCAAUACCUACAGGUCGACUAGGAUUCGAAUCGUUUAUAUUGGAUAUUCAUAUCAUCAAAUCACCAGGGCUCUUUCCCCCCCACAAAAUGUACCUGUUAAAAUGAAUAUGUAAGUUGUGUUAUACUUGCAAGGAUACAUUUUGCAUCAGCACUCAUGUCGUGUUGUAUUAUCAGUGCGAUAUCACCGCAAUACUUUUGUGGCAAGUCUCUCUUGCAGCCUUAAGUGCGAAAGUGCCACUUAAUUGUAGGAGAGGGGAAUGUAGCCUAGAUUUCAGUUGCACAUUUUCGAACUACGCCAAUUUGAUUAAAAAACGCAACUAGACAUCUAGUAAAUAGUCUUCCUAUUUACCCCCUGAAACCACAGGGAAAGCAUCGGCGGGUAUCCGGAAUGGGAGUUCAGGAAAGGACGGGGCUCCUCUGUGGGAAUAGGCCCGCUUCUUGAACUAGGCUGUAGUGGCUAACGGGCUCUGGUGAAUUGCGUGGCCAGGAAAGACAGCCAUAAUGCCUUACUGUUGCUCUUUUAUUUAAGUCAGGGUAUUUUGCCCAUAUCGGAGCUUUUCCUUACCCGCGCGUUCCCUUUUAGAGUGUGGGAAUAAGGAAUCUCGGGGCAUUACUAUUACCCUGCAUUAUCAGCGAGAAUUGCCAUUGUAAAUCGAUUGCUAUUUUAAGGAAACUGUUGCUUGUACCCUACGUGAGUAUUUGCUCUCUUUAGUCUAUUAAGAACUUCGAGAUUUUCGAUUUCCGUCUAGACUAAUAAAACGUGUCACAGCGAAUCAGUAGCACAUACAAAGGCCACAAUAUCUAGACGAAAUAAGAAUUCGAAAUCUUGAGUCUGGAAAAUAUGAACUGUGGACACAUUGUAUUGUCGGGUGAAUGUAACGACGAAUGGAAGGUAAAUUUGUCUGUGGUUGCUGACCAAUACUGGAGAGCGUUUUGGGGGGACAAGGAAAGGCUGUCAAGCGCACGGGCGUCAAAACACUUUGAGCAAAAUCAGCACAGAUGAUUCUCGACAUAUAUGGAUUACUGGACAUGAGAAUAGCCCUUUGCCGUAUUUGAUGUUUGAAUGUCAAAUAGGAUGCUAUGCUCUCCAUGAGACGAAGAAGUGAAAUGACCAAAGCCGGGGGAUUGCUGCCAACCGAGCUAACACUGAACUGUUCAAGGGCUCCAAAACAGUAGAACAUAAUGGUGGAAUCCAAAUACUGACGUAGUAUAACGGAUAAUGAACUCCUCAAGAGUCUGACACGGUCCGUCUCAAGUACGAGUAGCCUUCCCCGUGUGCGUAAAAAGACGUAAUUUCUGCAGACCCACCGGAUUAAAAUAGAGUAGGUUUGUUUGACAUUCGUGCCCGUUUACUAUCAUUCGAUUUAUCCUCUCUGUCGUCACGCACAUUAUUAGCUAUGUGAUAACGGUAAAUAUCUGAUCACCACCAGCUGUCAUUGUUUAGAUUUUUUCCCUCACUUUACGACAAACAACAUGGCCUCUCCGCAGCACCAGCAGCUGCUCCGGCACAACACCGAGGUGAGCUGCGAGUCCAGCGGUGAUGGCAGUGUGGCGGUGCGCAUUAGCGGCAACAGUCCGCUCAAGCAGCAGCAGCAUGGCCACGACACGUCCGUUAAGCAAUUGUCCACCGGCACUGGCAAAACCGGAGGCUCAAAACCGUGCAAGAACAGCAUCUCCUCCAGCGACAGCUCAGGUGAAUCCGGUAUGCCCAGGGCUAUCAUGACAAGUCUUCGCAGCCACAGGAAAGUACCCCAGCUGUUCGAGCGGUCGGCGGCACAGUGCUGGGACCCCAAAUUCGACUCGGCCAUCUUGGAGGAGGCGUGCCGGGAGCGGUGUUUCCCGCAGGCCCAGCGCCGGUUCCGCUACGUGCUGUUCUACCUGGCCACUGCCGCCGUCCUGUGGUGCGUCUAUUUCGGGGUCAACGCUCGCCGCUGCGACCCUGCCUCCUUCCUGGUUCCCGCGGCCUCCUUUCUGCUCUUUUGCCUCCUGCUCUUUCUGUUCACCUUCACCAGACCUUACACGCUCCUCUAUAACCAGGCCUCCCUGCUCCUCAUCACGGUGACCUUUGGCAUCACGCUGGCCCUGCAGCUGCAGACCUCGGACUUUGCCAGCCUCCGGAGGCUGACGGAGAGGAACGUAACCGGAGGAGACUCCUCGGCCGCCGCCGCCGCCGCUGCGUCCUCCUCCCCGCUGCCUCCUCCCUGCGUCUCCACCGUGGGCACCUUCUCCCUGGGGAUGGAGGUGCUGCUGCUGCUCUACAGCAUGCUCCACCUGCGCCUCUACGCCUCCGUGUUGCUGGGCCUCCUCUACUCCGUGCUGUUCGAGGCCCUGGGCUGGCUGCACCUGGCGCCGCCAAGCGGCGACGAGCUGGGGGACGAGGGGCUACUGCGGGCCGAGGCGCUGGAGAACCUCUGGUGGCUGGUGCCGGCCAAGGUCCUGCUGCACCUGUGCGCCCACCUGAUCGGCAUCCACCUGUUCAUCAUGUCGGAGGUGCGCUCGCGGAGCACCUUCCUCAAGGUGGGCCAGGCCAUCAUGCACGGCAAGGACCUGGAGGUGGAGAAGGCGCUCAAGGAGCGCAUGAUCCACUCGGUGAUGCCGCGGCGCGUGGCCGACGAGCUCAUGAAGCAGGGCGACGAGGAGAGCGAGAGCUCCGGCAAGCGCUACUCGUCCGGCAACGCCGGCGGCGCGGGCGGCGGCGGCGGAGGAGGCCCCGGCGGCUCGUCGUCGUCCGGCGCGGGCGGCGCCACCUCGUCCAGCCCCAAGAGCCACAAGCGCAAGAAGACGUCCAUCCCGCGCAGCCAGUUCAUCUUCCGGCCGUUCAACAUGAAGCGCAUGGAGCCCGUGAGCAUCCUGUUCGCCGACAUCGUGGGCUUCACGCGCAUGAGCGCCAACAAGUCGGCGCCGGCGCUCGUGGGCCUCCUCAAUGACCUGUUCGGACGCUUCGACCGGCUGUGCGAGCUGACGCGCUGCGAGAAGAUCAGCACGCUGGGCGACUGCUACUACUGCGUGGCCGGCUGCCCGGAGCCCCAGCCUGACCACGCCUACUGCUGCGUGGAGAUGGGCCUGGGCAUGAUCACGGCCAUCGAGCAGUUCUGCCAGGAGACCAAGGAGACGGUGGACAUGCGCGUGGGCGUCCACACGGGCACGGUGCUCUGCGGCAUCCUGGGCAUGGAGCGCUUCAAGUUCGACGUCUGGUCCAACGACGUCAACCUGGCCAACCUCAUGGAGCAGCUGGGCGUGGCCGGCAAGGUGCACCUGUCCGAGGCCACGGCCGGCUUCCUCGACGACCGCUACGAGCAGGAGGACGGCAGGGUGACGGCGCGCAUGGGACAGAACUUUGUGGCCGAGCAGCUGAAAGGGAUGAGGACCUACCUGAUCUCGGGGAGGAAGUCAGACCCGUCUCAGGCCCUGUUGAGCCCCUCGCCCAGAGCUCACACCCCUGACCCCCGCCGCCACCGGCCCUGCGGCCGCCACCACCACCACCACCACCGCCGCCGCCGAGCCGCGCUCGCAUUCCCCCACGCCUGCUUGCCUGCAUGUUCGCUCUCACACCCUUACUCCUCCACACAGCCUGUUACACACUCUCAUUAUGAGCACCAUCUCCCCUCCAUCCCUGUCUUUCACCUUCAUCUGUCUCGUGUGUGUGUGUGUGUGUGUGUGUGUGUGUGUGUGUGUGUGCGCGCGCUACAUUGUGGUGGUGACCCCCAGGGGCAGCAGACGGGGGCUGAGGGGGCCACACAGAACGGCGGUCAGGAGGAGCACAGGCCCAACAGCAGCAAGUUCCCAGCAGGCCGCAGCCCCAAGGCCCUGAAUGGCCUCCUGGGCCCCCUGACUGAGGAGGCAGUGACGGCCAGCCAGACCUCCCUGUGCGAGAUGCUCCAGGAGAAGGACAAGAAGUGGAGCUCGCUGAUCGGAGGGGAGCGUGACGGAGGAAGAGGAGGUGGAGGAGGAGGCGGCGGAGGUGGUGGGGGAGGAGGAGGAGGAGGAGGAGGGAGAGGGAUGGGAGGCAUGGACCACUCUGCACUGAUCCCACUGCGCUCCAAGAACUUUCGGGAGAGGAGCGACGUGCACUUUGUGGAUGUCAUCAAGGAGGACAGUUUGAUGAAAGACUACUUCUUCAAGCCCCCCAUCAACAAAGUCAGCCUUAAUUUCCUGGAGUCCUCCCUGGAGUCAGCUUAUAGGAGCAGCUACCAGGAAGAGGUGGAGACCCACGCUCCAGCGCAGACCUUUGCCAGCCCGACCUUCAGCUCCUUCUUGGACGUGCUGCUGUCCUGCGCUGUUUUCCUGGCCCUCACACUGGCCUGCUUCCUGUACCCGCUGGUCACUGCCAAGACGCCCCCGGCCACCACGCUUGGCAUGGCCGCUAGCGCCGCCCUGCUGGAGAUCAUCUCCCUGGUGCUGUCCAUCCGUAUGACGUUCUACCUGGACAACGUUCUGAGCUGCACACAGCAGUUCCUGCGCGUGGUGUCGGGCUGGGUUCCGCGACACAUCAUCGGGGCGCUGCUCGUCUCGCUGCCUGCCAUGUCGGUGUUCUCCCACCUCACCUACUGCCUCCACCUGCCCAAGGAGGUCAUCAUGCUAUUGUGUUGCGCCAUCAUCAUCGCUAUCAUCCAGUACUGCAACUUCUGCCAACUCAGCUUCUGGAUGCGGUCGGCCUUGGCAACAGCAGCUGGGGUGGCCCUGCUGGCUCUGCUCUACAGCCCCCUCAGCAGGCCAAGUGCUAACGACAUCUAUCUUGAUAUGAGAAACGUCAGCAGCAACAUCAGUGUCUUAGAUUUCCAGCCUUCCCCGACCCCAGUCAGUGACCUGGGUACCCAGAAGGGAAUCCUGCAGUCUCUGGUUCCAGAGGCCAUCCUGGCCUUCUUCCUGCUUUUGCUGCUGGUGUGGUUCUUAAACCGGGAGUUUGAGGUGAGCUACCGUCUUCAUUAUCACGGCAAUGUGGAGGCAGACAAGCACCGUAUCAAGAUCCAGAACAUGCGCAACCAGGCCGACCUGCUGCUGCGCAACAUCAUCCCCAUCCAUGUGGCAGAGCAGCUGAAGGUCACCCAGAGUUACUCCAAGAACCACGACAAUGUCGGCGUCAUCUUUGGCAGCAUUGUCAACUUCAGUGAGUUCUACGAGGAGAGCUACGAGGGCGGCAAAGAGUGCUACCGCGUGUUAAACGAGCUGAUUGGUGACUUUGAUGAGCUCCUGCGUCGGCCGGUUUUCGCCAGCGUUGAGAAGAUCAAGACCAUUGGCGCCACUUACAUGGCUGCGUCAGGACUCAAUGGUCUGCCCUCUACCCAUGCCACUCCCCACCACCUGCGGGCGCUGUUUGACUUCGCCCUGGAGAUGAUGCACGUGGUGGACGACUUCAACAAGAACAUGUUGGGCUUCAAAUUCAAACUGCGCAUCGGUUUCAACCACGGGCCGCUCACCGCCGGCGUCAUCGGUACCACCAAGCUGCUCUACGACAUCUGGGGCGACACGGUAAACAUCGCCAGCCGCAUGGACACCACGGGCAUGGAGUCCCGGGUUCAGGUGAGCGAGGAGAGCCACUGCGUGCUCCGAAGCCUGGGUUACUCCUUCGACUACCGCGGCACAGUCAAUGUUAAGGGCAAGGGGCAGAUGAGGACCUACCUCUUUCCAAAACUGGGGGAUGGAAGUGGUGACAGUGGUGGAGGACCUGGAGGAGGAGGAGGCGGUGGUGGCAGCGGUGGUGGAAGUGGCAGCAGCAUUCUGUCACAUCACCAGUUGCCUGUCACAGAGAUCCACGCAAAGGCUGAAGGAGAUGUAAGGCAGCCCACAGUGGGGGAGACUUCCAGUAAAGUGCCCAGUGUUGGUGGCCCAUCCCACUCUUCCCCUUCCCCUGCGGUGUUGGCCACUCAGGCCACCGCUCCACUCUGCUGCUCAUCAUCACCGUCAUCAUCAACGUCAUCCUCUGCCAUGCAGGGUGCCCUUGGAGUGCCUCUGGGACCAAUCUUAGGCCCGUCUGAUAUAGCUAGGGAGACAACCAAGGACAACAAAAAUGCGCUUACAACCCCUAAACUUGCUGGGGGGGAUAUUAGCAGAGACCCAUGUGCUUCUUCAGUGCCUAGUUUCGCCAAUGUUCCCUCACAGCACUCAAUAGAACAACAUUUUCCUUCUUCGUGUCUGAAGGGGCCAUAUAGACAAAGGGAUGAAGAGGAGGAGGAUGAGGAGGCAAAUGAACAUACAAAACUCAGAGCUAAGGAGUGCUUAUGACUGGACCUCCAGCUCUUGCCAUGAUUGCUCUUCACCCCAUGCCUCCAAUGGAGUGACUUAAUUUUUCUGACUAAUGGAAGUGUUAGAAUGCAUUGUGGGAAUUGUAGUUUUUUCCCCCCUCCCACUGCAAAAGGCCGCUUGGCCAAAUACAGAUAAAACUGCAUUUGUUCCACAGACAUGCCCAUUCCCUCUCUGUUAGACUUGUGUGGCCUUGCAUAGUUUUAUAUCUUGCUUACAUUUUGACAAGUGUCAGAGGCAUAAUAAGGGAAUGUGUGUCUGUGUGUGUGUAUGUGAGUGUAUGUGUGUGUGCGUGUGUGUGUGUGUGUGUGUGUGUGUGUGUGUGUGUGUGUGUGUGUCUGUGUGUGUGUCUGUGUGUGUGAAUGACUGCAUGGGUGUAUUGUGGAGCAGUAGAACUGAUGGUAUUUGCUGUGUGGAUCACAGUACGGCACAACACAGUUGGGAAGGGGAGAAGAAAGUCUUGGGUGCAGGGAGGCUCCAUUUUUUAAUAGAUGUUGUUAUUGUUGUUGUUGUGUUCCUCUUCUUUUCUUGAGUUGAUCAAGUGCCUUCAGGAUAGAUCAAUCUGCGAACAAUGUCACACAAAAAGCAAAGAACUGAACAAAGCUUAAUCAGUUGAAUCAACAAUCUUUGCAUGGCUUUUUUUUUUUUUUUUUCAAAAACAAAAACUUAGAUGACGGAUAAUGCUGUGGUUGAUACAACUUUUUUUCCCUUCUGAUUUCGUAUUGAAUUUUUUUUCUUUGCCACAUGAUAUGUUUUGUUUUGAAUUUUUGAGUAUUUGUCAUUCAGUGACUUUUUAUGAAAUCAAACAAUGAAAAGUGCCAGUCAAGGACAAAAUGUUCAAAAAAGGGAAUUUAUUUGCUGAAUAAGGGAGUUUACUAGCCAUAAUGUUACACUGCAGCAGAGCUUGAUAGGAAGCAUGCCAUGAAAGGCAUUCAGUCUAGAAAUUACACCUGUUUUUCAUCAAAAAUGGACAAAGAUAUCUCCUGAAAACUAAGCAAAGCAAACCAAUUAAAUACCCCUCUCUCUCUUUAGUAAUGCGUGAGUGAAGGCUUUAAAUGUGAGAGAAGUUGAGGCAAUGCUGUAUAUGGAUUUGAAAUAUUAGGUAAUAUGGAGAACUCAGCCAUACUUUAGGCAAACAAGUCAUCAGUCAUAAGGGUCAUCAGAGAUGCUCCUGAUUGGUUGAUUAGGGUGCGGUGUCUUAUCUUACCUCCCAACAUGGGGCUCUUGGAGACCCCAACUCUCACUAACCCAGAGGGAUGUUGGGAUAUGAGUUACCCACAGUUACACAACUGUUGCUGAUGUAGCCUACUCCUUCUCCUUACUUCUAACACUUGACACCUCGAAGUACAAAGGCUCGUUUCUUCAAGGGGAAUUUAAAUUGGGAAAGUAGAAUUGAAUUUCCCCUCAAAUAUUGAAUUAGAGAUAAGGGAAAUUCUUACAAAUGUCAUGGCUCUGUGAGAAUGCUCUUCAGAUAUUUUUGCCAUCGGACCUAACAAUAUUGACUAACAUUUUGACAACUUCAUAAUUUUUGCAGCAAAACUGAACAUGCCUUCCAACAAGUGUUGGUUUCUUUAUUGUGGUAUCAAAACUUGUGGAACCACAGACAGUUAAUUUAUAUUUAGCUGAAACUAAGUGUAAUUUAAACUUUUAUGGAAAAACAGGGUGUAACUAGAAAGAUGAAGAUGAAGAUAGAUUUGCUCUGCUUCAGUGCGCAUUAAUGGGAGACACUCAAGGCUGAACUGAUUCAUGGACUGAUGGACUGAUGGAAUCAAACGUGUCUCUUAAUACAGUGUAUAUGAAAAAAAGAAGAUUUUAUUAAGAUCUAUAAGACUUUAUUAAGGUAUUUGUGAGGGCUGACUUCUGCGAUGCCUGCAUAAGCAACAGUGUUUUCCAAAGGAUUAGGCUGACUCGUCUCAGACAUAGCCCAGUGGACGUGACUGCAUGCAAUAUUUAGCUAUGAUAUCCACAUUUGGGAGGUGGAGAAGGAGAGGCGACCCAGCUGUAUUCAUAAACUGAAAUUGCCACUUUUAAGUGAGGAAUAAAACAUGGGGUGCAAUGUUUUUUUUUUUUUUUUCAAAAUGUGUGUCUGAUGGAUUUUGUUUUUUCUGGUGCCUAAAAAUGUUGCUGAAUUGUAUUUUAUUUUAUUUUAUUUUUUGGAGGGGAGAGGGGUUAAAGAAGUGAACAUGAUUAUGAUGAUUGAUGAUGACAAUAAUUAUGGGUUUUAUGAAAAUGAUGUCCUGAUAACUCUAAUACAUCCUGUUCUUAGUGUCUCCCUCUCCAUGACUACCACUGCAAUAACUCUCUCUGCUUAGCUCCCUGUCCAACUAUUUUACUCAUCUGAUGAGAAUGCUCUUAAUCACCAAAUGAUAUGCUUCACCCCUCAGUGUCUGUCUCGAUGCUUUUUCAACAAUAUGCACAUCUCUCUUCAGCAGCUCUAGGACAGCUGAUUUCUUCUCUCAUAUCAAAUAUUAAUAAUAAUCAUAUCAUAAUUCCCAGCAGUCAUCAGAAAUCAAUCCAGAGACAUGGAUUGAGGCCUCUUGACCGUAAGAGCAGAUUCAGUUAUGGUGGUCUUUGUGGGUGGUUGUGCCAAUGCCAAUAACUGAGCCUUUAAUGAGUGUUUUGAAUUUGCCUUUUUCAUUUUCUUGUCCUUUCAAAAGAAGGUUGAAAUAUUUUUCUUUUGUUUACAGAUAAUUAACAUAAGCACCUAACCAAGCCAGUGCCUUUUUGUUGCCUCUUCAUCUAUCACAUAGUUAUUCAUGUUUUGAUAUCAGUUAUUGAGUUGUUUGAAUAUCAUCAAAAUGCAUGUACUUACAGUUUUUUUUUAUUUGUUCUUGCAAUAAUUUGUAAUUUGUCAAUUAAUAACUUUAUUUUUUUUUCCAUGUAUAUUCUUUCCCACUUUUGGAAAUAGAAAAUCUGAGCACUGUGUAUCUUUAUAUGGAAAAUAUUGGGAUAAAGAGAAGACAUUUAUUUUUCAUCUUAUUUUGCCUAAGAUAUGACUGGUUUGGCUGUGCAUUUUCCAUCAGUCUUGGUGCGACCAUAUCUAGAUGGAGAGAACAAAACGACUUGCUCCUGUGUGCACAUCAAUACUUAACAUGUCACUGUCACUCCAAUAGCAAAACACAACCUGCGAUCAUAGUAUUUAACACCAAUUACCUUUACGUUUGUGUAAUGGCCCUUUUGUAGUGAAUGACAAUGUGUAUUUAUUUGUGACCUGGUUUGGAGGGGGUACAUGUAUAAUGCUGAAGCCUGUAUUUUUUUUCCAAGGACAUAUUUCUGAAAAGGGAAUUGCAGGAAUUGCAAUGCAAGGAUGUUAUACUGUGGGGUUAUGGGCAAGCCACCCUGAUCGCACGCCUGCAGCUGCCUCAAUCCAGAAAUAAAAAGGGAAUUUCAGUCCA